UUAGAUACAUUCGUGAGUUCCGAAAUGACGAUCGAGGAAGAAGUUGAACAGGAGUCUUAUGAAUGUAACAUUUGUAGUCAAUCAUUUGCAGAAUCAGAUCAUCUAAAAGAGCAUAUGGUCAAUCACGAGCCUAGUGAUAGCAAAGAACGCCCUUUCAAAUGCGGAAUCUGUAAUAAGACUUUCAAACUAUCAAAAGUGUUAAAAACGCACAUGGUUACACAUUCUGAAGAACGUCCCUUUGAAUGUGAAAUAUGCAAAAAGACAUUCACCCAAUUAGGUAAUCUGAAAAGUCAUAUGGUCAUUCAUAGUGGUGAGCGCCCCCAUGAAUGCACUAUAUGCAAAAGGACAUUUACAAAUUCAAGUAAUCUGAAAAAACACGUUACAAUUCACAGUGGUGAGCACCCCUAUGAAUGCAGUAUAUGCAGCAAGACAUUCAGACUAUUAGGAAGUCUGAAAGGUCACAUGGUCGUUCACAAGGGUGAGCGCAACCAUGAGUGCAACAUUUGUAAUAAGACAUUCACACAAUUAGGCAAUUUGAAACUUCACAUGCUUGUUCACACCGGUGAGCGUCCGCACGAAUGCCGUAUAUGCGAAAAGACAUUCACACAAUUGGGUUCUCUGAAAACUCACAUGCUGAUACACAGUGGAGUGCGCUCACAUGAGUGCGGUGUAUGCAAUAAGACAUUUACACAUCUAGGUAAUUUAAAAUGUCACAUGCUGAUACACAAAGGAGUGAAUGCCCAUGAAUGCAGUAUAUGCAAAAAGACAUUCAGACAUCCAGCUAGUCUGAAAAGUCACAUGGCGACGCACAAUGGAGUACGUGUCCAUGAAUGCAAUGUAUGCAAGAAGACAUUCAUACAUUCAGGCAGUCUGAGAAGACACAGGCAGAUUCAUAACAGAAAACAUGCUUAUAAAUGUGAAGAAUGCAAUGAGGGAUUUACUGAAUUGAACGAUUUCAGGAUACACAUGGCACUUCACACAAAAGAAAUCAAUGAAGUAUUAUAGCAACUAUGAUUGCUAUUCUAUUAUAUUGAUUCAUAUUACUAUGUUUAAUAUUAACAUAAUCAAAUUAGGUACUGUUUAAUGAAUAUAAAAUUUAUAAUAAACAAUUUUGUAACCAGUACUCUUUAAGAUAGAACAU